AUGGAGCGUUUCGUCCCCUGGGUCCACAUUGCCGCGGCCAUAUUCUCCGUUAUUCUCUUGGGAAUAAGCGCAUAUGUUGUGCACGUUACAUGGGGCCACCCGACUCCCAAUUUCAUCUUGUUCAGCUCUCUCUGGUCUCUUCUGGUCUUGGGCUAUGUGGCUAUGACACCACGAUUUGCCCCUAGACUCUUCCACGGCACCAUUUCACUGGCUGUGUUGUGCUUGACGACCAUCUUCUGGUUCGCCGGCGCAAUUGCCUAUUCGGUUUGGGCCGGAUAUCCGUAUUGCCACGGCUCAAUUUGGUGUGGCUCGAACCAGGCGGGAAUUGCCUUUAGCUGGAUUCUUUUUGUGCUCUUUACCUUCUUGGCCGUCGUCGAGACUCUCCGUUUCCGAAGGGGUUCCGUACGCACAGGGCCUGCCGUUGUUUAG